AUGGCAGGACAUGCUGGAAUUCCGCGUAAAUUUGGUGAUAAGCGAUUCAACUUCAUCACCAGACUUGAGCACCUUGAAGCUCGUUCUGUGACGCAAAUUCGUGACAAGGGCAACAUGAGGAGCUGUGUGCCACUAACGUGCUUGACGGUCUCGCCUCCCCAAGCUGAUAAUUUCCUUACUAGCCGACCACGCAUUCCACCCGUUGACUAUGAUUCCCCGACGAGACACAUCAUAUUGUACCCUCAGCCAAGCCAGGUGCAGUUCCAGCUCAUCAGAAUUCUCGAAAAAUGGCUCGAUAACGGAGCGCAAAUAUUGUCAACAUCAAGCAAGCGAUACUGCACCCGCCAGUCUUCACAAUGGAAACUGUUUGGGCGCUGGCAAGGAUGCAACUACUUUGCUCGUCUCAUCCUUCAACAAGUCGGCGCAUUUCCUAGCAUUGUCUUUGAAACUAUCCAUUCGGUUCGCGGAGACGAACACAAAGGACAUUUCGAGCGUGACUACAUCUAUGAGAAAGCGGCGCGCUGGUUUGAAGGCUCAAACCGAGCAGUGCGAUUGGUAAUCAUCGCCAUCAUCUCGCAUGACCCCGUGCUACCCUGGGCGUCGCCUGUAUUACAUGGCUUGAAUCCAUCAUCGCCGUGCCACGACUGGGGGAUCUCACCUAACGAAAUCGAUCGUAGUGCCAUCUCCACAAUCGCGACCAACAUCACCGUGCAGGACAAACAAUCUACUGCCCGAACUGUAGUCGAUAUCUAUGUCGCCGGAGCAUCUUACCCGAAACACCGCUGCUACGCAGAACAUGCCUGGCACGGUGUCUUCAGCGCGGAUGGGCAAGAACAACCUGCUGAUGAAAAUAGCGUUGCCUCCAAUCUGGCACUUUCACAGUUCUUUACGGAUAUUACCAGCCCCUCGCAACGCAAUGCGUUGGCAGAAUUGCCGCUUCCGGUUCAUGAGUUCAGGACUACUCUGCCGCGUGCAGUUGCGAAUGAUCGCUAUGCGCAGGCUGAAAUUGUUGCUCGGGAUGCUCAGAAUGAAGUUCGAAAGUGGAUGGCCCAAGGGUCGCCUACGAACUGA